UUUUCCGCAGUUAUUCCGUCUCAGCAACAGAUUCCUUUGCCAUAAAAAGCAUUCAAAGCACUGAAAUCGUUGUAUAAUUUGCGAGGACGAAAACGUUCUCCACACACGGCGCGCGUACGCGUAUACUACGAACACACACACUUCAACUGAACCAUCGAACACACACUGUUUCUCUCUCUCUCUGCCUCUCCACAUGACUCGUUCGUUCAGAAUUCUGGCCGAGGCGAGCUCGCCGACCACCAAUACGACCGAUUCGGGCGAACCGGUAACCGUCGAUUCGGACUUCGUGGUGAUCCUCGCGGCCCUCCUCUGCGCCCUCAUCUGCGUGCUCGGCCUCGUCGCCGUCGCUCGCUGCGCCUGGCUCCGCCGCCUCUCCACCUUCGGAGCCAUCAACGCCGCCGCCACCACAUCAUCCUCGACGGCACCGCAGCCUCCACCUGCGACUGCUUCUUCGGCCAACAAAGGACUGAAAAAGAAGAUCCUCAAGUCCCUCCCGAAGCUCACCUUCACUACUGAGUCCGCCGCCAAAUUCUCCUCCUCCGAGUGCGCCAUAUGCCUGUCCGAAUUCACCCAUGGCGACGAGAUCCUCGUGCUGCCUCAGUGCGGCCACGCCUUCCACGUGGCCUGCAUCGAGACGUGGCUCGGAUCCCACUCCUCCUGCCCCUCCUGCCGUCAGAUCCUGGUGGUCGCCAGAUGUCAGAAGUGCGGCGGACCUCAAGCCGAGGCCAGAUACAAUGAGCAAGUAGGCGGUGCCAAUAGGUUCUUGCCCUAAGCCUAGCCCGGGCCCCAAUUCGAAUUUCUUAUCGAUCUCAGAUUAGUGUAAAUAUACUUACAAAUAUCAUUAUACUUGCUAUUUUUAGGAUCAGAAUAGAUCUAGCAAACAAAAAUCAUCAAGAAAGUUUGAAUGAUUUCAUGAUUUCCCUGUAUUUGAUUCGUGUGUGUAAUUAAUGUAAUGAUAUAUUAUAAUAUGGUAUAUGAAGGUUUCUAAAUUCAAUG